UGGAUCUGUAAACCCCGCCAUGCUGCCCCACUACCGCUGUGCCUCUAGAGGUAAGAUAUAUAUGCAUCCGGUAGCUACAGCUUAAGCAAUAUUUUGAACAACGAACACCAAUAUCGAAGCUUGAUAUCAUAUUGUCAAGCCAAUCAAUUUACCAAACAAGGAUAAUGGGAUCGCGAAGUAUCGAAAAGCAUAGAUGGUGGAAAGAGGCUGUCGUGUAUCAGGUUUACCCGUCAACCUUUCUUGACGCCAACGGAGACGGUUGGGGUGAUGUUCCCGGUAUCAUCUCCAAAGUACCUUACCUGAAAGAGCUCGGCGUGGACGUAGUAUGGGUUUCCCCAAUCUACAAGAGCCCGCAGGUAGACAUGGGAUAUGAUAUUUCAGAUUAUUAUGACAUAGAUCCAAAAUACGGCACUAUGGCAGAUGUAGAACGUCUCAUUGCUGAACUCAAGAGGCAUGGCAUGCAUCUCAUGAUGGAUAUUGUCGCCAACCACACAUCAGAUCAGCACCCGUGGUUUCUGGAAUCAAAAUCUGCCACGGACAACGCGAAACGCAACUGGUAUAUAUGGAAGAAAGGCAAAGUCGAUGCCGAAGGGAAUCCAGAACCACCAAAUAAUUGGUGCUCAAUUCUAAAGGACGGAAACAGCGGCUGGACUUAUGAUAAGGCGACUGAUGAAUGGUAUCUCUCAGUGUUUACUCCUGAGCAGCCCGAUCUAAACUGGGAACUCCCGGAAGUCCGACAGGCCGUCCAGGAAGUCAUGCGUUUUUGGCUGGAUAAGGGCGCAUCAGGAUUUCGCUUGGACGUCAUCAAUAUGAUUUCCAAACUCCAAACCUUCCCUGAUGCUGAUGUUACCCGGCCACAUGACAAGUAUCAGCCGGGUACGAAAUAUUUCGUCAACGGGCCUCGUCUACAUGAAUUUCUGAAAGAGCUCAAUCGAACAGUUUUCAGCAAAUAUGAUACAAUCACAGUUGGCGAAAUGCCCGCCGUGAGCGAUGAUGAUGAGAUUCUCAAAGUCGUCGGAAGUGACAGAGAAGAACUUAACAUGAUUUUCAUUUUUGACUUGGUGGAUAUUGAUAUUGAUAAAACGGAAUAUCAUCGCUUUAAUUGGAGACAAUAUCAGCCCAAGGAAUUUUUCGACAUAGUAAAGCGGUGGCAGCGGGUCAUGAUCGAGCGUGACGGUUGGAAUACAUUGUUCCUCGAGAAUCACGACAAUCCCAGAUCCGUUUCCCGUUAUCUGAGUGACAGCGACGAAUAUCGGGACAAAGCUGCGAAACUACUCGCUCUGCUGCAAACGACGCUCAGCGGCACCGUAUAUGUCUACCAGGGAGAGGAAAUAGGCAUGAAGAAUGCUCCGCUAAGCUGGGAUCCAAAGGAAUACAAGGAUGUGGAAUCGAUUUCCUUCUGGGAGAAAAUUAACAAGCUUUAUCCCGGUGACUCCCAAAAGCUCGACGAAGCCAGACGUCUUUUGCAGCUCAAGGCUCGUGAUCAUGCGCGAACUCCUGUUCAGUGGGACUCUUCUGCCAAUGCGGGCUUCUGCAAGGCCGGCGUGGAACCAUGGAUGCGCGUCAAUGAUGAUUUCAGGAGAGUCAAUGUUGCGGCGCAAAUGAAGCCAUCUUCUGAUGGUGAUCUCUCCGUUUGGCAAUUUUGGCAGCGAGGCCUAGAGAACCGGAAGAAGCACAAGGGCGCUUUUAUUUAUGGUAAUUUCAUCGCCGUCAAUCCAGAAGAUGACAAUGUCUUUGCGUAUACUAGAACGGGCUCUCAGGAUGGCACUUGGCUUGUCGUUCUUAAUUUCUCGAAAGAAGAACAAUUGUGGGAGGUCCCGCCCGAUUUUGAGCUGGAAGCCUGGGUUGCAGGUAAUUAUACCCCGAAUGCCCCAGACAAGGGUCGUCGGGGAACUAUCAGGUUGAAACCGUUUGAAGGCUUGCUUGGUCGAUGUGUGUAAACUGGGUAGGUUUAACUAGACGCAUCGUCAGGAUGUUAGAUAUUUCCGUAAGCAA